GGAACCCAACUGGAGAUUCCUCUCGUUCGUCCCGACGGUCAUACCACACCGACCUUGGACAACCUGUGCGUGCACCUUGACAAGACGUCGUGGCAACCAAAAAGGAAACCACAAUGAGCGAGCACCGCCUCAUCAGUUCGGGCUCGGCCUUUGAAAAGCAGAUUGGCUAUUCCCGCGCCGUUGUAUCGGGCGAGUGGGUGUUUGUUUCGGGCUGCACAGGAUACGACUACGCGACGGGCGUCAUGGAGCAGGACGUGGCGGCGCAGGCCGAGCAGGCGCUCCGCAACGUGGCGGCGGCGCUGGCCGAGGCCGGGGCCGCCAUGGACGACGUGGUGCGCGUGCGCUACAUCUUGCCCGACCGGGCCCUCUUCCCGGCCACCUGGCCCGUCCUGGGCCGCUGGCUGGGCGGGGUCCGGCCGGCAGCGACCAUGAUUCAGGCGGGGCUGAUGGAGGAGGCCAUGAAGUUCGAGGUCGAGGUGACGGCUAGGAAGGGGAGGGGGAAGGGCGGCGACGGGGCGGAGGAGGCCGCCGGCCGCGAGGAGGCCCCUGUCUAGUGAAGUCGAGGUGGGCGAGAGUGGGAGAGAGGAAAUGGAGAGGGCUCAGGGGGAGAGGGAGAUGAUGGGUCAUGAUGUUCGGGGUCCACUUUCAUACCAAAGGUCGUGCCUGGGCCUGGGACUGUGGAAUGCUCGCCGGCCAUGGCACGACUCAUAUCCGGGCUUGCCACGCGAGAGGAGCGAGCCCUUGCGGGUUUAUUACCCAACAAAGGGUAGACGUUUCGGAAGUUUCCGGCAUCUAGCGGAGCCUGCAAUCCGAGCACAUAAGUGGCUCUCAUUGAAAAAGCCGACUGGGUUCUGUCUUGGGAUUAAUGGUACAGGGUCUACUUUGUCCGCCAAUGACAUCCUCGCCGUAGCGUUGACAGGGUAUCGGGCGGGCACUAGACGGGGCUCAACAUCAGGCAGAUAAGAAGACGACGUUUCUGUCCAUGGAAGCUCGGAAAAUAUCCUUGCUCAAGACAGGAACCUGGUCGAAAGCACAAUACCCGAUGCAAACGCAGACCCGAUCGUGACCAUGCUCGAUAUGGAAAGCAGUGACAUGCCGCUGAUGCCGUGCCCUGACGUGCAGCCCCCCGCCAGGCGGGACCCGACUA